AUGGACUCCGUCAUCAUCACGCCGGAUAACGUAGCUGAGGCGGUCCGUAGGGCCCCGAACUGGAAAAGUCCGGGACUCGACGGACUGCAUCACUACUGGCUGAAGGGGUUCGUGGUGUGUCACGCUGUGCUCGCCCGACAGUUUCAAGAGGCUCUCAACCAAAAGUCGCUCCCGAGCCUCUUCACUACUGGGAUCACUCAUUUGGUUCCUAAAGACCGGGAUUCCACAGACCCGAGCAAGUACCGCCCCAUAACGUGUCUAUCUACCAUAUACAAGACACUAACAUCCAUUUUGAGCGCGAGAAUCACUCGUCACCUGAACUCAAAUCAGGUGAUGUCGUGCGCUCAAAAUGGAUGUCGGGGCGGUGGUCGUGGAAACAAGGAACCACUCCUCAUUGACGCGGUCAUUGGCAAGGUGGUUAAACGCAACCGUCGGAACCUCUCCGCCGCCUGGAUAGACUACAAAAAGGCAUUCGACUCGGUGCCUCAUACAUGGCUUAAGAGGGUCCUCGAGCUGUACAAGGUUGACUGUACGGUUCGAGACUUCCUCGGGCAGUGUAUGGGGCGGUGGAGUACGAUCCUUUCUCAUCUAGGCCAGCGGAUGACGGCUGCGGAGAACCACAUAAGGAUAAGAAGGAGUAUCUUCCAGGGCGAUUGUUUGAGUCCAGUCUGGUUUUGCCUCUCUCUGAACCCUCUCAGUACCUUACUGGAGGGUUCCGGGAGGGGAUUUCAGCUUCGGAAAGGAGGUACAAAAGUGACCCACCUUUUCUAUAUGGAUGAUCUCAAGUUAUUCGCUUGCAGUCGCUCCCAUCUUGUGGAAUUGCUAAACAUCACUUGUGAUUUUAGCAAUUCUAUUGGAAUGGAGCUGGGGACGGAUAAGUGUGCGAUCCUCCAUGUCGAAAGGGGAAGGGUUGCUAACUCUGAGGGCAUGGACUUAUCUAUGCCCAUCAGCAUAAGGACCCUUUCCGAGGCUGAAACAUACCGAUACCUGGGUAUGUCACAGAACAUCGGUGUCGAUGAGGCGGGUAUGAAGCAGUCAGUUUGCGAUGUGUUUUAUGCACGCUUGACAAAAAUGCUUAACAGUCUUUUGUCGGGCGUUAAUAAGACACACGCUUAUAACGGCUGGAUCAUGCCUGUUCUCAUGUAUACCUUUGGCAUGCUCAGGUGGACUCAGACCGAACUGAACGCUCUGGACAGAAAAGUCCGCACUAUAAUGACGUCCCACAGAGUGCAUCAUCCGAGAUCGUCGGUAUCGGAGCGGAUCGUCGGCUGUACUUGCCGCGGAAGCAUGGUGGGCGCGGCUUUUUAA